ACUAACCUAUAAAUGUAUAUAUUUUGAUACAAUAAUAUAUAAAAGAAUAAUAAUGCCCUUAAUAGUUUUGUGCGGUUUUCCAUCAAGUGGUAAAAGUAAAAGGGCGCAGGAAUUGAAGGAUUAUUUCGAGCAGCAAGGCAAAGAGGUUUCCAUCAUCAGUGAAUGCUCUGAAAUCUUGAAAGCUGGUUUCGAGAAAAAUAACUUUUUUAAUGAUGCACACAAAGAGAAACAUAUAAGAGGUUUGCUAAAAUCUGAGGUGCUGAAGCUCAUAACACCCAGGAAUGUUGUCAUACUUGAUGCCUCGAAUUACAUAAAAGGCUACAGAUAUGAACUGUACUGUGCAUCCAAAGCGAACCACAGUACUCAGUGCACUGUAUUCACAUUGAUUAACAAAGAUAUAGCUUGGGACUUGAACGAGAACAGGGUGGAUGCAGCAGAGAAAUAUGAUAGGAAAACCUUUGAUGGACUUAUAAUGAGGUUUGAGGAGCCCAAUGGGAACAGCAGAUGGGAUGCUCCACUGUUUGUUACAAUGAACGAUUCGGAGCUUGAAUGCAAAGCUAUUUCUGAUUCUCUGUUUGAGAAGAAAGCGCCGCCGCCGAAUAUGUCCACGCAGAAUGCCCCAUUGAGUUCGACGAAUUUCCUGUACGACAUGAACAAAAUUAUCAAGGAGAUAACAAUGGCAAUAGUGACUUUGAUCAAUUCUGGUUGCUUGAAUGAAGUCAGCAUACCUGGCAGGCCGGAACUGACUUUGGACUUGACACAUGCCACCGUGCCGAAAGUGAUUAGUUUAAGCAGACAAUACCUGAAUUAUAGUAAGAUCAAUACACCUGAUAUUAAGGUGGUGCCACAGCUAUAUGUGCAAUAUUUGAAAACAAACUUGAAUUGAUUUAUCCUCUCUUUUAUUAUAUGUUUUUGUAUCA